AUGAUCCUCUCACACGCACACAUGUGCACACACACACACACACACACACGAACACGUGCCCUCACAUGCGCCACAUGCAAUCAGUUCCCUGAAAGAUCCUCAUCGCUUCCAGGCCACCGCACCAUCGUCCUCGACGUGCCGCUGCUGCUCAAGUUCCCCUUCCUGCGGCGACUCUGCCUCUCAGCCGUCCUGGUGGUGCUGGUGUCCCCGGAGAAACAGCUCGCACGGCUUAUGGCGCGGAAUACCCUUACUGAGGAGGAGGCCCAGAAGAAGAUUGCGUCGCAGCUUUCUGCAGAGGCCCAGCGAAAGCUGGCAGACUUCGUCAUCGAGAAUGACGGAAGCCUCGAGGAGCUGCGGCGGAGUGUGGCGGACCUACAGCGCGAGGCUCCCGCGGGAUGGCCCGCAGCAAGGGUGGCUGCAGCCGGCGCCGUGGCCGCCUCCCUGGGUGCUUCCACGAGCAUUGCUGCUGCGAAGGCUGGUGCCACCACCUGCUCCAGUGCCCUGUUUGGGUGCGUGGGUGCUGCGGCUGCCGCUGUAUGCAUGAGCCGACCCAGCACCUGA